CACAGACGAAGAGUCACGAUGUCGGAGCAUGUUGUCACAGUCACAGUCACACAUCCGUUGCAGUCAUCUCGGUGUUUAGCUCUGCAGUCAUAUUAUAUAUACCAAGUCUGAUUUGAGCCCACUGCCUCCACUCAAGCCUUCGAUCACUCCCUUGAUACCCAAUUGCUCCAUCCAAAGACAGCCCAAGAUGCCCAUGCUCAAAGAACCAUGGACCAAGUACCCAAAGUUCCAGCCUCUUGACCUCCCCAACCGCCAAUGGCCCUCCAAGACAAUCGACAAGGCGCCGCGAUGGCUCUCGACCGAUCUCCGCGACGGCAACCAGAGCUUGGUGGACCCCAUGGACGGCGAGCAGAAAUGGCGAUACUUCCAGAUGCUGGUCAAGCUUGGAUACAAGGAGAUCGAGGUCUCGUUCCCCUCGGCCUCGGACACGGACUUUGAGUUCACACGCCGUCUCGUAACCACUCCCGGUGUCGUGCCUGACGACGUCGCGCUCCAGGUCCUCUCACCAUGCCGCAAGGAGCUCAUCCGCCGCACCGUCGACUCGCUCAAGGGCGCCAAAAAGGCCAUCCUCCACUUGUACCUGGCCACCAGCCCGUGCUUCCAGCAGAUUGUCUUCAACAUGAACAACGAACAGUCCAAGGCCCUCGCCGUAGAAUGCACCAAAUACGCCCGCAGCAUCACCAAGGACGACCCCGAGCAGAAGGGCACAGAAUGGUCCUACGAGUUCUCCCCCGAGACCUUCUCCGACUCCAACCCAGACUUUGUCCUCGAGGUCUGCGAGGCCGUCAAGGCUGCCUGGGAGCCGUCCGAGGAACACCCCAUCAUCUUCAACUUGCCCGCUACCGUCGAGAUGUCGACACCCAACGUCUACGCCGACCAGAUCGAGUACUUCUGCCGCAACAUUUCGGAGCGUGAGAAGAUCUGCGUCUCGCUCCAUCCCCACAACGACAGAGGCUGCGCCGUAGCUGCUGCAGAGCUCGCUCAGAUGGCAGGCGCCGACCGUGUCGAGGGCACCCUCUUUGGAAACGGCGAAAGAACUGGAAACGUCGAUCUUGUCACCCUUGCCUUGAACCUCUACACUCAAGGUGUGCCGCCCAACAUCGACUUCAGCGACAUCAACUCGGUCAUCGACAUUGUCGAGAAGAGCAACAAGAUCCCUGUCCAUCCCAGAGCCCCUUACGGUGGCCAGCUCGUCGUGUGCGCUUUCUCGGGCAGUCACCAGGACGCCAUCAAGAAGGGCUUCCACUUGCGCAAGCAGAACGGCAGCGACGACAACACACGCUGGCAGAUCCCCUACCUUCCGCUCGACCCUCAAGAUAUCGGCCGCACUUACGAGGCCAUCAUCCGUGUCAACAGCCAGUCUGGCAAGGGCGGUGUCGCCUGGAUCAUCCAACGCACUCUUGAGCUCGAUAUGCCUCGUGGUCUCCAAGUCGCCUUCAGCAAGAUCGUACAAAAAGAGACGGAUGCUUUGGGCCGUGAGUUGCAACCCACCGAGAUCAAGAACCUCUUUGUCAACGCCUACCACCUCGAAAACAACCCUCGCUUCCACCUCAUCGAUUACGACAUCACCACCGACCGUUCCAUCUCGCCUGCUGCUCCCACCGAUGGCAAGACUGCUUCCAACAAGAACCUCAAGCGUCGCUUCGACGGUGUCAUCGAGGUCGACGGCAAGGAGCACCGUAUCCAAGGUGUCGGCAACGGUGCCCUUUCAUCUCUCGCAAACGCUCUUAAGACCCUUAACAUUCACCUCGAUGUUGAUGACUACAAGGAGCACGCCAUCGGUCGUGGUAGCGAUGUCAAGGCCGCCACCUAUAUCGAGUGCUCCACCGGCUCACACAAGGUUUGGGGUGUGGGUGUCCACCAGGAUGUUGUCCAGGCUUCUCUCAUCGCCCUCUUGUCUGCCGCUUCUUCGGUAAGUCGUUAACUCUUCACUUUGUCUUGGUGUGUGACAAGUCUGAUCCAUUAUUCAUUGCAGUUCUUGUCAAGUAGACCAGGCACUCCCAUUUCCUUCAGCGCACCCAAGCUCGACUCUUUGAAGCCGAGUGACGCUCCUUCCAGCGGUCCCGACUCGAAGAGCCAUGUUGUUGCAAACUUGGAAG